AUGAUACCGGUCCGGAAUUUCCGGCCUCACAUAAUUGUCAUCGAAGACGGGAAUGUCUGGAUGAUGCCGACUCCCCGACCUCAGAUCAAGCGACCUGAAGUCAAUCAGCCAGCCGCUAAGCGCAUCAAACGGCCGCAAAGCCGCCUAGAUUGCGUGUAUCAGGGGACGUACCGAGAGCGUGAAAGCAACCGUGCUGCAGAUUAUGUCAUCGAACUGGAGAAGAAGGUGGAAGAGCUGACCUCGAAGCUUCGUGAUGCGGAGGCUAAAACUUCCCCUGGAGGUCCCAUCCCACCAAUUGAAACGCUGUGCUCUAUGCGCAAUGCUUCCACGCCACGGGAGGUUGCAAAAAUAUCCGAGACCCGUGAAGGAUCUAUAGGAAGUUCUAAGGACGAGAGUAGCGAGGUCAAUCACACCAACGCGAUUGAAUCCCACGGUAGAACAUCCUCGGCUGCAAUCAUCGACGAUCUGAAGAAAGAGCCUGAGCUAAAUGGCCAGAAAGAGCCCUGCCCUCCCGCGCCUGAUAACUCGGUCAUCCCGACGCCCCGUAACCCAAGCUUAUCUCCUCCAUCCGCUGCUGGACCGGGACAGACGCUGUCAAUUGAACAGUCAAACUACUAUUUCGAUCAGGCUCAUGUCUUUAUGAAUGGAUACUUUGAGAGCAUUCAUUUCAUCCAUCCAUUUGUCGAUAAAGAAGAAUUUUUCACGCGCGCUAAUGAUCUUUGGUUUAAUCGAUCACGCACGCCUGAGCCGAGCUUUGUCGCGCUGUACCUCAGUGUUCUCUCGCUUGGGUCUUUGGUGCGUGUAUGGGAUGAAGGUACCAUAGCCGGCUUAGGUCGGUUUGAAUGGAGCCGAAAGCUGUUUGGGGAAGCACAGGUAUACCUAAACAACCUGCAGUUUUCAAACGAUCUUGAAACUGUUCAGUGUCUUUACAUGAUGGCCAAAGUUUGUCAAAAUGAACUCAAUCCGAAUCGGGCCUAUAUGUAUCUUGGCCUCGCAGUACGGACAUGUCUUUCGGCUGGCUUUAAUCGAGAGAUCCCAUGUUCAAAAGUCGCCACACAGCGUUCUGGCUGGAUCUCAAAGACUUGGUGGGGUUUGUUCUCUUUGGAAAUUGAGAUGAGCUUUUCAGUUGGACGACCGGACUCCCUUGGAAUGGAUGAAUACCACGACCGCAGCAUUCCACCACGCGAUGAUUCUGAAUUCGCCAUCAUCCCAUGGAUGAUUGAUUUUGCGCAGAUCAUUCGACAAAUAUCUGUCCAGAUCUACCAUUCUCGCAUCUCAUUACAGGACAAGUUACAACUUGCUCUGCAAAUCGAAAUGGAAAUGGACCGCUGGUUAGCGAGGCUUCCAGAUAUGAUCAAACCCAAUAUCGGUGGAUAUAGAAUGACUCGUAGUGCCCUGCGCGACCCGAAGUGGGCACGACGACAACAGCUUGUGUUGGGAAUUAGGUACUAUAAUAUCAGAAUGUUGCUCUUCCGGCCUUUUUUAAGCCGCUUUACACGCAAACCACAACAUCCUCCCAAUGAAUUGGACCAAGUUUUUGACAAAUGUUUGGACGCCGCCAUAAGGGCUCUCCAAGUGCUUCAUGACCUUUACCGAGUUCACACAUUUUUCCGCUGCUGGUGGUAUAAUACAACCUAUGUAAUGCUCGCUACAUCGACACUUCUACUUCCAAUGUCUCGGCUCGGCAUGUGCGCUGAAACCGCUCCUCUAUUGCGAUCCGUGGAAAUGGGCGUGGAGAUCCUGGAAGCCAUGGAUGAGUCUGUAAUAGCACAAAAGUCAGUUGAGAUUAUUAGGCAGUAUCUGAGAGACUUCCGAGAACCUGGAGCUUCACAGCUACCUGGAGAGGGUGCAGCUUCCCUUUCCGAGGCGGGCCAAGCAUUUGAAGUACCAGAAUGGGCUUAUGGUUUCGGCUUGCCAGAUUAUUCUUUCGAGGGAAUUGCUCGACUAUUUCACGAUAUUGAAGAGUUCCCGAUGCCGGAUGAAUGA